CUGCUAAACUGACUUCCGCUACUGUUGGGACUAGCUUGUCCGAGGCUUUAAAAGGCCUAGGGACGUUCACUGAAACGAAGGUAUUUUCGUCGAGACACACAUCAAAAAGCAGCUAUCAUGGUCCGGGAAGUGAAAGAUUUAGCAGACUUUGAGGCCAUCCUGAAGGAGGCUGGAAACAAGCUGGUGGUGGUGGACUUCACAGCUACGUGGUGCGGUCCCUGCAAACAAAUUGGCCCAGAGUUUGUUAAACUGUCGGAGAAGGAUGAAAACAAGGAGGUGGUUUUCUUGAAAGUGGACGUAGACGAGGCUGAAGAUGUGAGCAGCCAGUGCAAAAUUUCCUGCAUGCCUACAUUCCACUUCUACAAGAAUGGCGCCAAGGUGUUCGAGUUCUCUGGAGCCAACCUGGCGACACUAAAGUCCAAACUUGAAGAGCUGAGAUAGACGCUGAAAUCCUUCUGACCAAUCCACACGCGACCACACUGUACAAAGCCUCCAGAAGAAGCUGU